UUGAUAUGUCCAAAUUGUGUAGCUGAAAGGCGCGUGGGACUACCUGAGCAUACAUGCAUGGGUUAUUGUUGACAAUAUACAGCCAUACCGCGUCCUCGAGCUGGGAGAUAGUAUAGAGGCGGACAGGUAUUGACACUGUACAGCUGUAUCUUGACGGGACGGGACGGGUGCCUCUGAAACUCCGUUGAUCUGUCACAUCCAUCCCGGUGCCAACAUGAUUGGGAUACUGCUUGUGGUACUGGCUGGUAUUUGUGUCACUGCUGGAGAAUACGAACUAUUCGAUUAUGCCAACCACCCUUGUAUACGUGAGUGUGAGGAGGGAGCGGCCCCUAUGACCUGCGUCUAUAACUUCACAGUGGAAUACUACUUCGUCUUGACCAAAGCCUGCUAUGAUUGCCCGUACAACGUCACUGACUGCUACCGGCCGCACUGUGUUGCUGCUGACGGCGUCGGUAGGGGGAUCAUCACCACAAACAGGAUGCUACCAGGACCUGCCGUACAGGUUUGUCAGGACGACAUGAUCAUCGUCAACGUGCACAACAAGAUGGAGGGUGCCGAGGGGGUGACCAUCCACUGGCACGGCGUCUUCCAGAAGGGUUAUCAACAUCAUGACGGAGUCAGCAUGGUCACCCAGUGUCCGAUAACAGCCCACUCCACGUUCCAGUACAGGUUCAAGGCAGGUAAUCGUGGAACUCAUUUCUGGCACGGUCAUGCCGGCGUUCACCGAUCAGAUGGUCUGUUCGGGGCGCUGAUCAUCCGGGAACCUCCGUUACGUGACCCGUCCUCCCACCUGUACGACCAUGACCUUCCUGAGCACUCCAUGAUUGUACACGACUGGCUUGUGGAACUGACAAUCAACAGGUUCGCCGGCCACCACCACGCCGGUUACGACAACAAACCUGCGUCUAUGCUCAUCAACGGUCGGGGAGCGUUCCGUGAGUUCCAGAGCUCGGACACCAACGAGACCAUCUACACCCCAUAUUCUGUGUUCCAUGUCAAGAAGGACCAGAAGUACCGCUUCCGGGUCAUCAGUAACGGCAUCCUGAACUGCCCCAUCCAAGUCUCCGUGGACAACCACGACAUCAUCAUGAUCGCCACCGAUGGUGUGCCACACGAACCUGUCGUUGUCAGCUCCUUCAACAUCUUCGCUGGAGAGAGGUUCGACUUCAUACUGGACGCUGACAAGGACGUUGCCAACUACUGGAUUCGAACUCGAGGUUUGGCAGACUGCUUUGUUAAGUUUGCAAAACAGGUCGCCAUCUUGCGGUAUGAGAACGCCACGGAGACGGAGCCAAGUGAACCUACAGACUACGAGAGUGGGCGGAGGAAAGGCAAGCUGUUGAAUCCCUGGAACAAGAAGGGUACCCCGGACCUCACCCCCGUGGCCUGGUUGAACACCACCCUGGCAGAUCCGCCGCACUUCAAGCAGGUGCCCGAUAAGAAGUUUUACAUUGCCAUGGACUUCAACAAGAUAGACAACUAUGUUUUCCACCACAAAGAGUUCUAUCCCUUGGCUGCCGUUAACCUGAAUAAAAGACUGUAUUUACCACAGCUGAAUCAUAUCAGUAAUGUUCAACCUCCGUCACCACCCCUGUCUCAGUUUGCUGACAUACCCAAGGACAUGUUCUGCGACCCACACAACACCAGGAACUGCAGCCACGAGUACUGUGAGUGCAUCCACCUCAUCAAGGUGGACCUGGACGACACAGUGGAGUUGGUGCUCAUUGAUGAGGGCGUCACCUUCAACGCCAACCAUCCAAUACAUCUACACGGACACCACUUCCGGGUUGUGGCCAUGGACAGGGUGAACGAAUCUACCUCUCUAGAGGAGAUCAAACAGAUGGAUGCUGAUGGCCUGAUUGAAAGGAAUCUAGACACACCUAUAGCUAAAGACACCGUCACGGUUCCUGAUGGAGGCUACACUGUCAUUAGGUUUCAUGCAGAUAAUCCGGGUUUCUGGCUGCUGCACUGUCACAUCGACUUCCACGUGGCAAUCGGGAUGGCUCUCAUCAUACAGGUGGGGGAGCUGAACCAGAUGCCCCGACCCCCUAAACACUUCCCCCGUUGUGGGAACUGGGAGUACACGGGGGAGGAGGAGGAAGAGGAGAAGCCCAGCUGUCCGGCCAGUGGAGCAGGAGGGAUAAAAGAAGGAUCACCAUGGAUACUAGCAGUACUGUGUAUAUUCGGAGUGGGAUAUAGCCGUUACUACACAUAAAUAUCACUGGACUCAGGUUACAGGUAGUCACUGCCGAUGCUAAUGACUCUUUGUGAUUUAGCUUGUUUUCCAUCAGGCCUCCUCAGUAAAUUGAAAAUGUAAUUAAAUCACCUACAACAUACAUCAUCACAAAAUACCGUCCAAACUACAAUGAACAUAAGCUGAAGCAGCACCUGUUGUUGAAGGUUGAAGAAGAUCCGAAUAUAUUUACAUCGAAUUAUUUUUGUACAAAACUAUUUUAAGUGAAGUUAGAUUAUUUUAUAACCAAGUCUUUAUGUGUUAGGAAAGAUUAUUGCAUCGUUUAAAAUGUUCAGCGUUUAGGAAGCAAGAAGAAGGGUGAUCUCAAAGACUAGGUCCCUACCAUGACAGGAUGUCCACCUUUUGCUUCGUGGACAAGCGAACGUUGUGGUGUGAAUUCCAGCACUAGAACAUUGUAUGCUCAAAGAGUUAUGAAAUCCAGUCCUUAGUGUGCAGGAGAUCAUUAUAAAGAACUAUAGACUUGGACUCGUUACAGUUUCGUUGUCUGUCAAAUAAUGAUCGUGCACCGAGCUCACACCCCUGUCAUUUA